UGAGUGAGCGCUGCCGCUGCCGCGCGCUGCUGCGUCUAAGUUUUUACUCUGAAGGACACUUGGGAUUAUUAUCGUUUUUCAUUGUGUUUCAGUCACGUGUGAAACUUUGAGAAGAAAAAAAAGCAAACAUGUGCUUGAAAGCAGUUUUCAUGUUACUGAAGGAAUAAACCGACCGAGAAGAGACGUCGACUGGAUUUUACGCACCGGGCUCCGGACCCAGAGACUGAAGACUUUUUCAGACGUUUUGUUUCAGUCACAUUUUCUCACAUUUUCCUGGAUAGAUUUGACUCUUUCCCGCCAACCGUGGGUCUCAUGAUGCGACUUUUUUUGGUGUUCGCGACUUGUCGGGAACAAACCGGGCUGGUAAAAAUGUUACAGGGCUGUUAAAUUUAUUGAAACGUGACCACCGGGGAUGAACUUUCUCCAUAAUGAUUGCGGGAGCUCUGGUGAAUGAUUGACAGCAGAGACUCGCCUGACGCUUUGUGGACUUGGACAAACUGGAUUUUUUUUUUUUUUUUAAAUCAUUAAGAGGCUGAAUGGAGCAGAAUGAAACUCUGGUGCCGAUUUAUCCAGCAGAGGAAGAAAGUUUCCGAGAUGAAGUCAUGAAUUAAAAUAAACUGACUGCUCCCCCUUCCUUCGCUAUUCUUAUUUUUCUUGUCUAAAAUCAACCAUUUUAACAUUUAUUUUCUAUAUGGCAUCAACGGUGAGGCACGCGCUUUGCAGCCCCGUGUUCUCGCGGCCCCUCGUGCUGCUUCUGCUGUUGUUCAGGUGUCCAGGUCUCACGUCAGGAGCCUCUAAGGAUCUGGUGUGUGAGCCCAUAACUGUACCCAUGUGCAGGGGCAUCGGGUACAACCUGACCUACAUGCCCAAUCAGUUCAACCAUGACACCCAGGAGGAGGUGGGGUUGGAAGUGCACCAGUUCUGGCCCCUGGUCCGGAUCCGCUGUUCUCCGGACCUGCUCUUCUUCCUGUGCAGCAUGUACACCCCAAUCUGCCUCCCGGACUACCGCAAGCCACUGCCGCCCUGCCGCUCUGUGUGUGAAAGGGCCAAACGUGGCUGUUCCCCUCUGAUGAGUCUGUACGGCUUCGAGUGGCCUGAGAGGAUGAGCUGUGAGCAGCUGCCCCAGCUGGGCGAUGAGACACUGUGCAUGGACCAGAACAGCAGCGAGACCACCACCCUGGCUCCUCCGUUUCCUAAGCCCACCCCUAAAGGUCGGACCAGACCCCCAAGCCCCCCGCAGUGCGACAGGGAGUGUCGCUGUCGAGACCCCCUGGUCCCCAUCAAGAGGGAGUCCCACACCUUGUAUGGCCGGGUCCAGACUGGCCCCCUGCCCAACUGUGCCCAGCCCUGCCACCAGCCCUACUUCUCAGCUGACGAACACGCCUUCACCAGCUUCUGGGUGGGACUGUGGUCAGUGCUGUGCUUCAUCUCUACCCUGACCACUGUCGCUACCUUCCUCAUUGACAUGGAGCGCUUCAAGUACCCGGAGAGGCCGAUCAUCUUCCUGGCCACCUGCUACCUCUUCGUCUCUUUGGGUUACAUCAUCCGCCUGGUGGCAGGUCAUGAGCAAGUGGCGUGUGGUGCCAGCAGCAACAAUGGUGCUGGCGACCAACUGCACAUCCUCUAUGACACCACUGGCCCAGCUCUCUGCACCCUUGUCUUCUUGUUGGUAUAUUUCUUCGGCAUGGCCAGCUCCAUCUGGUGGGUGGUGCUGUCUUUCACCUGGUUUCUGGCUGCAGGGAUGAAGUGGGGCAGUGAGGCCAUCGCAGGAUACUCUCAAUACUUCCACCUCGCCGCCUGGCUCAUCCCCAGUAUCAAGUCCAUUGUGGUUCUGGCUCUCAGCUCUGUGGACGGGGACCCUGUGGCUGGAAUCUGCUACGUGGGGAACCAGAGUCUGGAGAAUCUGAGGGGAUUUGUGCUUGCACCUCUUGUGGUUUACCUCUUCACCGGCUCACUUUUCUUACUCGCCGGUUUUGUGUCUCUCUUCCGCAUCAGGAGCAUCAUCAAGCAAGGUGGCACCAAGACAGACAAACUGGAGCGGCUGAUGAUCCGUAUCGGGCUCUUCACGGUGCUGUACACCGUCCCCGCCACCAUCGUGGUGGCCUGCCUGGUCUAUGAGCAGCACUACCGGCCGGGCUGGGAGCGAGCGCUGGCCUGCUCCUGCCUGACUGAGCGCCAGCGCUCAGGUCUGGGCCCAGACUACGCCGUCUUCAUGCUCAAGUACUUCAUGUCCUUGGUGGUGGGCAUCACCUCAGGAGUCUGGAUUUGGUCAGGAAAAACCCUUGAGUCCUGGAGGAGGUUUGUGGCUCGAUGCUGCCCCUGCUGGCCGCAGAAAGCCACUGCGCCACCCUCCAUGUACAGUGAGGCUAGUACUGCUUUAACGGGACAUACUGGAACCGGGCUGACAUCAGGGAUCUAUCAUAAAGCCCCAUCUCAUAUAUGAACCCAUCGGCACAGUGACUCGUUUUAACAGGAUGUUGGUACACUCUGUACAGUCACUUCUCUGGACACAUGUGGGUGCAAGACUGUGUGCUUGUAGAUCUUUGUACUCUGAAUAUUAACUCUAGUAAAAAAGGGAAAAUUUUAAUUAGACUCAGAAUAUUUAAAGGGGAGAUCAAACUGCUUUUCUAAACCAUGGAGACCAGAGUUAUAUGGAUCCAUAAUAGAAUCACACAUGCUUCUUCCUAUCUGCUUUAUCCUGUACACUGAGAGAGAAAAACAUAUUUAUUUAUGUAAAUAUUGUACAAAUGUGCUGUAAAAAAAAAAAAGAAGAAAAGUAGGUGUAUAGUGUGAUGUUUGGUUGUACUGCCACAAGCGAAGUGUUGGACACUAGAGGAACAAACCACGUCUGAUUUGAACUGUAUAAAGUUGUACAUAAAUGUGCUGUUGCAUGUCAAUGAGUGUGCCUUUGAGUGUGUUUUGUGUCUGCGCUAAGAAAAAGUCGUUCUAAUGGAUGACCCUGAACUCUUGUCAUAGUUUGGUUAAUGUCAUGUGAACAGGCAGUGAUCAGGUUAAAGCUGCAGGAUGAAACUGACCAGGGCCUUUACCACCACCUGCUGGUCCACAGUGGAACUGCUCAGACCAGGGUCCAGAUCAACAUGAGACCACAGACCUUCAGUUAAACAAGAUGUACUAAAACCAUCUGAAAAGGUAUGACAUACAAAAAAUGGUGGUUGCAGUUGCAAUUCUGCUGUUGGAAUAGUUAUUCUCUUACAUGAUCAAUUUAAAACAUUGAUAAAAAAAAAAGAUUUUGACAGUUGUGCUGUGGUCUUGCUGAUACCAUCUCAGUGACUCUCAGAGGUCCCUGAACCUCACUUUGACAACCACUGCUCUGCAACAAUUCUAAACAGAUGGAUGUCAGGGUCAAAGAUUUCAAAAGUGAAGGAAGGAUGAGCUUCUUUUGCAUUUUUAUAAGGUUGUAAUCUGAAUAUUUGUUUAGUUUUGGACUGUUUUGGAAAAAAACAAGCAAUUUGUAGACAUUACUUUGGGAUCUGGAAAAAUGUGACUGUCAUUUCCACAGUUUUCUGAUCUUUUAUAAACCAAACAAAUGAUUAAGAGGAAAAGAAAUCAACCAACUGAUUUAUAAUAGCAAUUAAAAUUAUUUUUUAUUUUUCCUUGAAACGGUGCAGAAAUGUUUAACCUAAUUAUAUUCUGGCUCCACCUUCUACAAUGUGAGGUUUUGCUGCUUUUCUCUGAUUCUUAAAUCAUUGUAAAUUAAAUAUUUUGGACAAAAUAAGCACUAUGAAACUUUGAACAUUUGUCAUAGAUUUUGAUCAUUUACAGCAUGAACAAGCACAUAAAUAACCAUGAAUCGUCUCAAGCAUUUGGAAGAUGCCUCUUUUUAAUUACACCCUUUAAACAUGUAAAUCUCUACAGAUAUACAGAACAACAAAGUUCUUCUCUGUCGUUAUUCUACACAACAAAAUGUUAUCAGUAGAGCUCUGUGGUCUUAUGCGCAUCAUGUCUUGACAACAUGAUCUGAAGGAACCUCCCGUCUCCUUUCUGCCCUUUAACGUUACUGGAAACUGACAAAGUACAGAAAGAGAGGCUGUCCUGCAGAGUUCAGUGCAAACAGUCACAGCAUUACAGGCUGUGUAUUCAACGACCGAAAAAGCUUUUUGUUUUCUGCUGUGAUGUUUUGUGAUAUUUUCAGUGUUGUUGGUCAGUUGUGUUCCUUUUAAACUACUGUGUGUCCACAUGAUAGAUGAUAUGUCUAAUUUAUUAGUCUGAUUUGUGAGGGAAUGUGAUUGUGUGAAUGAUGGUGAAUGUGUUUUUUUUUUUUUUUUAAACCCAUGACAUUUAGGUUUAUUUGUUAAAAUGUAAAUCUGCUUUUACCCCCUAAAAAGAUAUAAUUGUAGAUUUUGGUUCAUAUUGUGGAAUUAAAAUGAGUCUCUCUCAAGUUUGGUGCAUGUCUCACAUAUGUGUCUAUAUAUCUGGUAUAAUGUACUGUGUGAGUGUUGGUUUUUACAGAAGAGCACAACUGUUGUUUGUUCUAGUUUUAAUGGCUUGAGUGUGCAAGAAUAAAGACGUGUGCACCAGU